CAAUAUAGAAUUAUUGGGUGGCCAGUAGGUCUUUGUGAAACCGUGUGACAAGUCAACCAAAGACUUAAGAACAGUAAUAAAGAGAGUGUCUUCAACUGCAAAUCGAGAACACAAUUUUCAUAAUCAUCUACAAUGGCUUCUACUUCUCAAAAUUGGAAGAAUGAUGUUUUCUUGAGUUUUAGAGGUGAAGAUACGCGUAAAACAUUUGUGGGUCAUCUUUACUAUGCUCUAAAACAAAAAGGGAUUCAUACAUUCAAAGAUGAUGUGAGGCUGGAGAGAGGAAAGUCCAUUUCACCUGAACUUGUGAAAGCUAUUGAACAAUCAAGAUUUACCAUAGUUGUGUUUUCCAAGAAUUAUGCAUCAUCCACAUGGUGUUUGGAUGAACUUGCAAAGAUCAUGGAAUGCAAGAAAGAAUUGGGACUAACAGUGAUGCCCAUAUUUUAUGAUGUAGAUCCUUCAGAAGUAAGCAAGCAAAGUGGAAGUUUUGCUAAAUCAUUUGCCAAACAUGAGGAAAAUUUGAAAGAUGAUGUGGAGAAGGUACAAUGCUGGAGGGAUGCAUUUCGUGAAGCAGGCAAAAUAGCAGGAUAUGAUUUACCAAAUGCCUACGACGGGUAUGAAUCUAAUUGCAUUCAGCAUAUUGUUGAAGACAUACUGAGUAAAUUAUGUCAAGUUACUCCAGCCAUUGAAAAUGAUUUAGUGGGAAUGGAAUCUCGAGUGCGUGAAGUAAGUUCAUUACUAAGGAUGGAAAAACCUGAUGUUCGUUUUAUUGGAAUUUGGGGUAUGGGCGGCAUUGGCAAGACAACAAUUGCAAAUGCUGUUUUUGGCAAAUAUUCUGGACAAUUUGAAGGUGUUUGUUUUCUUGAUAAUGUUGCAGAAGUGCAAAGGACGCGUGGACUGCAAUAUCUGCAAGGUGUUCUCAUCUCAAAAAUCCUCAAGGUAAGGUUAACUAUAGCAAGUGUAUAUGAAGGCAUGAAAAUCAUAAAGGAAAGGCUACGCUCAAUGAAGGUUUUGAUCAUUCUUGAUGAUGUAAAUCAAAAAGACCAAUUAGAAAUGUUAGUCGGAGGGCGUGUCUGGUUUGGUACUGGCAGUAGAAUUUUGAUUACAACAACAGAUAAACAACUGUUACAUAAUCACGGGGUGGAUGAAGUGUAUUCAGUCAACUUGAUGACUCCUAAUGAGGCUAUUGAGCUAUUCUGUCUACAUGCCUUUAAGCAAAGAAUUCCUGAGAAGGAUUUUGAGGAGCUUUUAAAUCAAGUUGUACAGAAUUCCGGUUUGCUCCCUUUAGCUCUGAAAGUUCUAGGUUCGUCUCUCUACGGACUAGACAAGAAUGAUUGGAGAUGCACAGUGGACAGACUUAAGGAUAUCCCGGAUCAUGUUCUUGCUAAGCUUAAGAUAAGUUUUGAAAGGCUGAGUUCUUCUGAUCAGAGACUAUUUCUAGAUAUUGGAUGCUUUUAUAGAGGAAAAUUGAGGAGUUAUGUAGAGGAAAUGCUUGAGAGUUGUGAUAUCGGAUCUACAAUAAGAGUCUUAAUUGAAAAGUCUCUCUUAUCUAUCUCACCAUAUGAUACAAUCGAAAUGCAUGAUUUGAUACAAGAAAUGGCCUGGCACAUCGCGAGACAAGGUGACACAACAAUGAGUAGAAUUUGGCUUCCUGAGGACAUCGAGGAUUUGUUUACUGGAAAUCUGGAUGCAGAAGCUGUGGAGGGCCUAUGGAUCCCAAGGAAUUACACUCCAAAACAGGAUAUAUCAUAUUACAACAUAAGUGAAGCAUUUGGGAGAAUGAAAAGAUUAAGGGUGCUUGUAGUUAGAGCAACAAAUUUCUGCUCUGUUGACCCCAUCCCUCAUCUUCCUAGCAGCAUAAGGUGGCUUGAUUGGGAAGGUUGCCCUCUAAAUUCAUUGCCACAGAGUUUUGAACCUUCAAAGCUUCUUCGUCUUGAAAUACUUGAAAGUACUACACUUCGGAAGCUCUGGUCAAUUUCAAAGGGUUUGGACAAACUAAAAACUUUGUACCUUAGCUACUGUGAGCACUUGGAAGAAGUUCCAAGCUUUGAAAUGAUGCCAAAUUUAGAGAAAGUAAAGCUUGAGGGAUGUAAGAGUUUGAGAGAAGUCAGCCCAUCCUUUGGAGUUCUCAUGAAGCUCACUUCAAUGGAGCUAAUAGAUUGUCCGAACCUUGAGAAGCUUCCAAGUUGUAUUAAGAUGGAAUUCCUUAAGAGUCUCAAACUCUCUUGUCUUCCAAAAUUGAAGGAACUGCCAGAAACCAAAGGGUUGCACCGUUUAUUGACAUUAGAGCUAACUAAUUGUCAAACCCUUGAGAAGUUUCCAAGUUUUGAUCAUAUGGAAUCCCUUGAGACUCUCAAACUUUCUUGUCUUCCAAAAAUAACAACAUUGCCUCCACCCGACAUGAUGCACGGUUUACAGGGAUUUGUUAUAGAAUAUGUUCCAAUAGUAGAGCUUCCGGGGUCAAUCGGAAAUCUUCGUUCCCUCAAAGAACUAAGAUUAAGUCAUUGUAAAGAUCUGGUAAGCAUUCCAAACAGCUUUUGUUGUCUGAAGAAUCUAAGAGUUCUUCUGAUCUACAACUGCAAAAGAUUAGUGGAUUUGCCAGAAAAGAUCGGUGACUUGAAACUAUUGAAGAAACUAUUAGUAUCUGGUACUGCAAUUUCCCAGUUACCCCCUUCAGUUGCAGACCUUGGUGAACUAAACUUUUUAUCGUUCUCUCGUUGGUCUGGAUACAGACAAGGUGCAACUUUUCUGUUACCCCCUGCAUCAGGUGUAUCGUCGUUGAGAGUGUUAAAGCUUAAUAAAUACUCCAGGCUAUGUAGUGGAGAACAUUUUCAGGAUCUUGGAGGCUUAUCUUCUUUGGCUCACUUGGAUUUGACUAGUGUCAGUGAAAGCACCAAUCAGCUUUUUCAUUACCUAGAUAUAACAUUUUGUGAGAAGCUUGCAUUACCCCAACUUCCACCAUGCAUAAAGGAGUUAUAUGCAUGUGAUCCUUUAGUGUUGAAAAGUAUCCCUGAUUUCCUUACCAAAUAUUCAGAGUUGCAUUCAGUGUCAUUCACACGCCAUACUGAGAACAGAGGUGAACUGACUGAUAUCUUGCACGUUGUCAUCCGCUCAAUUAGUGUGGCAUCACAGUGUGAGAAAAGGCCGCCAUUUAGCAUUUUCUUCCCUGGAGAUAUAAGAUGGAACAGGUUCACUUAUUACCGAAAAGAACAAACGAAAAGAUUCUCCAUUCAACUUGAUCCAUGUUGGUACGAAAGCAAAUUCAAAGGGUUUGUUAUAUGCUUCCGUGUGCCGUUGGGUAUUGUUCAGAACCAAAAGCCUUCGGAUGCUAAAUCACGACGAGGAAGUCGCAGGUUUGGAUGCACUAAAGUUACUGCUAAGUUAGUGCAAAGAUAUAACAGGCAAGAACACGAUGUAUUCCAGAAAAAGUGUUUGAUUUUUGCUCGCCAAACAUUUUGCUCUCAUGGUAGUAAAUACGCCAUUUGCUUUAGCUACAUACCUUUUGUAGCACCAUGGCAUACUUCUGAUAGUGAGAAAGGCAAGAAGCCUAAUGACUAUUACUUCUUUGAGGCAUCUAUAGACCCGGACAUUGCAACAAAAUGGGGACUCCUUUUGGUGUAUGAGAAUAAAAUUCAACAGAUAGAUCAAUCAACCAUUGCAGUCCAGCGUGAUGUGGAAUCUCGGGAUGCUGACCUGUUUAGAGAAUCUAAUGAUGAUCAAGGCCUGAAAAUGGAGGAUGCUUCUGUUAAGAGAAGACGUCUUGAUUUUCGUCAAGUGAUGAAUGAUUCAUGCUCUCCCAGUGAUGAAACUUUCCAAAUAAUUCCUUGUCAACAAUUGGGAACACCUUGCUCUUCUGCAGCUCAAAGCUUCCAACAAAGGGAAGAAUCAUGCUCUUGGGGACAGCCCCAAAUUAUACAGCUUCCUCCAGCUGAUCGGCGAGUUGAUGAAGUGAUAAAUGAGGCUACCUCCUGCAUGGUAUUUGAUCAAUUGGCAGCACCAAGCUCUUCCGAACAGUUUCAAACUUUUGAAGUCUCUCCAGAUGAGCAAAAUGAUAAUUCAGCGACAACUGGAUCUGGCUGCUCUGAAGUACUCCAACAAUUGGAGACACCAUGCUCUUCUGGACAAUCCCAAACUCUCCGGCUCUUUCCCAAGCAUUCAUGAUUUAGAAUUACCGGUAUUUGUAUCUAUUUAGUGAUCAGUCUGCUAGUUUCUUUGAUCUCACUCGGUCUUCCUUUUCUUGUUUUCUUCAAAUAGUUUGACCUAUCCAGAAAAAUUGUCGGCCUAUGAAUGUGGUUUCGAUCUUUCCAGG